AUGACGUACGAAUCGGAUAUUGAGAAAGGGGCCAUGAAACCUAUGGCGGCCCCGUCGACCCUACGAGGGUCAUCUACAGGGACAAGAACACCAACAACACGAGCAGGCUCUUGCAGGAGCUCGGUGGAUAAGGUCGAGGAAGGGGUUCAACCAACUCCAGAGCAGGCUGUGCUUCCAGAGCAACUCGGAUCGGAAUUGUCUCGCAAGCUUCGCCACAAGUACGCGAGUUCGUACCGAAAAACCUUUGGCGUGAUCUUCACCGCGAACCUCUCUGUCUUCCUUGCGUUCAUGAUCCAGUCGAGAGGAAGCCCGAACUCGCGAGACGUGGGUAGUGCCGCGUCCGCGAAUCUCAUGGUCUGCAUUCUGUUCCGGCAAGAGGAGUUCGUCAACUUAGUCUACGAGAUAUUCGUCCGCGUUCCUCACUCAUGGCCUAUCUACAUUCGAAAGCGACUCGCAAAGGUCUUCCACUACGGAGGCUGCCACUCUGGUGCAGGGACAGCCGCUGUCGUCUGGUACCUGCUCUAUACCAUCUUGGCCACCAAGGAGUGGAUCCAGGACACUCAACGAGAUCAGCUAAUCAACAUGACGACCAGCUGGAUCUUGCCUGCGGAGAAAUACCACGAUCACUUCGAGGCCUUCCACCGAUUCGCUGGCUGGACUGCUCUGAUCACCUUCUGGGUCCACAACAUCGUCUCUGCCAACGUCACAGCGCGACAAUGGCAGACCAGCCUCGGUCAUGUCCUGCUGAUAUCCCCGAACUUCUGGUUUAUCUGCAUCUCCACCUCGUGCACCAUCGCCUCCUGGUCUCGUCUCCGUCGCCGCGAGGUGUACCCAGAGAAGCUCAGCGACCACGCCACUCGUCUGCACCUCAAGUACCGAGGAAUGCAGCCCUUCUACGGGGUCAAGAUCAGCGACAAGCCCCUGACCGAGUGGCACGCCUUUGCCACGAUCCCUGACGUCGACCCCGAGUCUGGCAAGAUCACCGGCUUCAGCAUCGUCGUGUCUAACGCCGGAGACUUCACCAAGGAGCAGAUCAUGAAGCCGAGCGAGCGCAAAAUAUGGGUUCGCGGGGCUCCCCUGCACGGGCUUCUCUACACCUCCAGACUAUUCAAGAGGAUCGUGGUGGUUGCGACAGGGUCCGGUAUUGGCCCCUGUCUCUCGCUCCUGUUCGCCGAUGUCACGCCGCGGCGUGUGCUCUGGAGCUCGCGAAAGCCCGAGACCACUUACGGACCGCAGGUCGUGAGCCAAGUCAAGAGGGCAGACCCCAAUGCGGUCAUCUGGGACACCACGGCCAAGGGAUACCCUGAUAUCGUGCGCGAGACGUAUCAGCUCGUGCACGAAUCUGACGCCGAAGCCGUCUUCAUCAUUUCCAACCCCAAGGUCACGGAGAAGGUGGUCUUCGGCUUGCAGACACGCGGCAUCCCUGCCUAUGGAGCCAUCUUUGAUUCUUAA